CGUUUAUGAACCACCGUGCUUCUUAUUUCACCUAGUCCCCAGUUCUGCGCUACCAGAGCUUAAAAUAACAGAGAAAUGGAAAGCUUAAGGAAGCUAGAAGAGUUGCAGACGACGAUGACCUUAAUGCAGUCACACGGCAUCAUAUCCAAUUCAUCCGACCACGAAUCUAAUCGCUUCGUCUCCAACUUCAUCCUUUUCAUGGUAAAGCCUUUCUAUAAAUAUCACCAAUCGCUACUCAUUUAUUUGAUUUUGAUCUCAUUGCUUGCUACCAUUUCUUUUUUCGUCCCACGAGUUUCAAUUUUCUUUUCUCAUUUUGGGAACACAUUAAACGGUCCGAAGAUUCAACCUUGUGGAGAACUUGACUUGGGAAAGAAGUGUGCUUUGGUUUCUGAAUUCAUUCCAAAGAUUUCUUCUGGGUUUCUUGAGAAAGCCGCAACUUGCCUCACUGAAAAAGGCUUUCAACAGCAUGUUUUUGGAGAGGAGUUGGAGCAAAAUUGUGUAGACAAGUCUGAUUAUGGAGAGAUGGCUGUGAUUGGGCUUGACGCAAUGCAGCGGGCAAAUUCAACCCUUGAAGAUUUUUGCAGAUCUUAUUUUAUGUUUCAUGGGAUGGAAGUAAAUGAACCGCAGGCACUAUUCAAAUACUUACCUGUGCUUUCUUUUACAGAAAGUUAUAUAUAUCAGCUGGAUAGUUUGAACGAGAAGAUACUGCCUUCACCACACAAUGGGGUGAAGGUUUCAGAAAAAGGAUACGAGGAAACAGACCCAGGGUUGAUUGCCAAAUUCAUAAAAGUUUUUAAAGACGAUCCAUUUAGACCACUAGCUGUUCUACUUGGUUGUCAUGGACUUUUGACUGAGAGAAUACAAGAAGAAUUCAAGCAUGGAGAAGAGUAUUGGACUCUUGAAAGAAUGCUUUGUCGUGCUUUGGUUGACGGAAAGGAGAUAUCUGUUAAAGAUGUGAUAAGGGCGAUUCAUCUCAAAUCUUUCGACUAUAGAGUGCUGAACCUUCUUCUAUACCAAUUGAGAGGAAUGCAGGUUAAUGAGGUGCAUAUGGAUUUCCUUUCAAUCUCCGAGUUCCUAGUGGAAGUAGCAGAUGAUCUGUUUGACUAUGAGGUGGAUGAUGUUUUAGAGAAUAAUUUCAAUAUUCUGCGUAUGUUUGUCAGAAUUUAUGGAACUUCUGCUCCUGCUAUGUUGGCAAAAUACAUAGCCGAAGCUGAAGAAAAGUACAACAUAUUAUUGAAGACUUUGGAUUCCCAAUUGUCCUUGGAUUACCAUAGAAGAUGUGAAGAAGCCACUCAAGAAGGAGGGAGUACGUCAAAACAUCCUCUUGGGACAUGGAAUAUACCGAAACUAAUAGUAGAUGAAGAAUUGUACCGAUCAAACGUGCUAGAUAUUGAGAGGGAAAUGUAAACGUUUAACUUUGCUUUCAAUGCUUUUGAAAUCAAUUGUCUGGUUUGAUUCCCUUUUUAUCAAAAAUUUGAAUAUGGUUACUCGUGUAUCUAUAGUAGUAAAUUACAUGUAUACUCAGAGCUGAGGAACAAGAUUGUUAUUGUUAUGUUUAUUCAGAGAAACUCGUAUACAUCGUACAUACAUGAGUUUAUAGAGCAUCUUUAAUAGAAUGUUAAAUAAGUGGUGUAUUGUUAUAUU